AUGACAUCACCAAACGAACCUAUAGCCGUUAUUGGCACGGGCUGUCGCCUCCCAGGAGGUGCCUCCUCACCCUCUAAACUAUGGAACCUUCUCCAUCACCCAUACGAUCUCACCCAAAAGGUUCCAUCCUCACGAUUUAAUAUCAAAGCAUUCUAUCACCCAAAUGGUGAACAUCAUGGAACCACUAACGCAACCAAAUCCUAUUUCCUUAAUGAAGACCCCACCACAUUUGAUGCUUCAUUCUUCAGUAUUAAUCCACGAGAAGCAGAGGCACUUGAUCCACAACAACGGUUGCUUCUGGAGACUGUGUAUGAGGCUGUUGAAGCUGCUGGCUUAUCAAUCGAAGAACUGCAAGGCAGUUCUACCGCAGUAAAUGUAUAUUGGAGAGUCGAACCUUCAUAUGCUUUCACCAACAGGAAAAUCUCAGAUACUGGUGUAAACUCCGAUGGUAGGUCGAAAGGUAUCACCAUGCCACUUGCUGCAAGUCAAGCAGAUUUGAUUCGCCAAACGUAUGCUCGAGCUGGACUCGAUUGUACCAAGCCAUCGGAACGGUGUCAGUAUUUUGAAGCUCACGGUACUGGAACGCCGGCAGGUGACCCAGUUGAAGCCGAGGCUAUUAGCAGUGCUUUUUUUCCACAAAAAUCGAAAGAUUCCGAUGGAGAAGUACUUCAUGUUGGCUCUAUCAAAACGGUAGUUGGCCACUUGGAAGGUGCUGCAGGACUGGCAGGUAUCAUAAAAGCUGGAUUGGCAAUCAAGGAGAAAACCAUACCACCUAACCUGCAUUUCCAGAGCCUAAACCCAGCUAUCGAGCCUUUUUACGGUAGUUUAAAAGUUCCCACCGCUCCAUUGCCGUGGCCCGUUGUUGAGGGUCCCCUUCGCGCCAGCGUUAAUUCAUUUGGUUUUGGUGGUACCAAUGCACAUGCUAUUCUGGAAAGUUACGAACCGUCUUCACCUUCACCAGGCUUGGAAUCCUCAGCAGUAAUUCCUUUCACCAUAUCUGCUAUUUCCGAAGAUUCCUUAAUUCAGAACAUUACAAACUUCAGCGAUUACAUCGGAGAUCAUGAAGAAGUCGAUCUAAUAGACCUAGGAUAUUCCUUACUAGGUCGAAGUAGCUUCCCCACCAAAGCUACAUUCGUAGCUUCAAACACCGAUGACUUGUUAGAUCAACUGGAGAAAGUAAUAGUCGCCAAAGAGGAAAAUCCCAACCUAGCUGUAGGUAUUCGGUCCUCGAACGUAAAUAGCAAAUCAUCGAGGAAGAUCCUUGGUGUUUUCACGGGUCAAGGUGCACAGUGGCCUGAAAUGGGAAAGCAAUUAAUCGCCAACAUAACAUCAUUCUCUCAGACCAUUGAUGUCCUCGAGGAAUCUCUUUGUGGACUCCCUGAUGCUCCAAAAUGGUCGUUGAAAGAGGAAAUCAUGGCACCAGCCAGCAAAUCUUCUAUCGAGAAGGCAGAGUUCUCACAACCUCUUUGCACAGCACUGCAAGUUGCUCUUGUGGAUUUGUUAAAGCUGAUUGGUGUCACAUUCCAUGCCGUGGUUGGACAUUCAUCGGGAGAAAUCGGUGCUGCGUAUGCAGCAGGCAGACUUACAGCUAGUGACGCAAUUCGUAUCGCUUACUAUCGUGGCCGUCAUGCACAUCUCGCAAAGGGCAAGAAUGGAGAGGAGGGCUCGAUGAUGGCGGCAGGACUGAGUUUUGAUGAGGCUCUUGAGUUCUGCGCAGGUGAAGAUUAUCAAGGCAAGAUUUCCAUUGCUGCUAGCAAUGCUCCCAAGACAGUCACUCUUAGUGGUAACAAAGAUGUGAUUGAGAAGGCGAAAAUCGUGCUUGAUGACAGGGGAGUCUUUGCUCGCGUCCUUAAGGUCGAUACUGCGUAUCAUUCCGAUCACAUGCUACCAUGCUCAGAACCGUAUACGGCGUCUUUGAGGGCCUGUAAAAUAUCCCCUAAGCCCAGCUCACCAGAUUGCACGUGGAUUUCGAGUGUACAUUUGAAGGACAUGCUCAAUGACUCUUCUGAGCUCGAGGCACAAUACUGGCUAGACAACCUCGUCUCACCUGUCAGAUUCUUUGAAGCUGUCAGCAUAGCAGCAAAAGAUUUUGGCCCGUUCGAUGCUGGAUUUGAAGUAGGACCACAUCCAGCACUGAAAGGACCAGUGGCACAAACACUCAAACAUGCUGUCAAUGCGGUUGUGCCAUAUGCUGGGGCAAUAUCUCGCGGAGAAAAUGAUUCCAUCGCAUUUGCCAACGCAGUAGGAUUCUUAUGGAACCACAUCGAUGGGAGAAAAGCAAGUUUCAAGAAAUACCUUGAUGUUAUCAGCGGCGGCGAGGUGACAAGUCCCAGACUUUUGAAGGGCUUACCAUCCUAUUCAUGGGACCACAGCCGCACCUUCUGGUCAGAGUCACGAAUUUCCCGCAACUACCGCAAUAGAGUUGAGCCACCUCACGAACUGUUAGGUGUUAGAUGCCCCGACGAUACGAGUGCGGAGUAUCGCUGGCGAAACAUAUUAAAACUCGAUGAGCUGCCGUGGGUGUCGGGUCACAAAUUCCAGCGUCAAACUUUAGUGCCUGCCGCAUUUUACUGCUCCAUGGCACUGGAGUCUUCAAAGACGCUUGCCGAAGGAAAGCCAAUCCGCCUGGUCGAGCUUCAUGAAGUUGAUAUUGAAAAGGCCAUCAAUCUUGAGGAUAACAACGCCGCGGUCGAAGUUAUGUUCUCACUCAAGCCCACGUCUUCAAGUACCAGUGGUGGCGAUGAGAAGAUUUUCGCAGAUUUCUGGUGUACCGCUGCACCAUAUGGAAAGCCAAUGUCCAUGAUCUUCUCUGGACGCAUUGAAAUGACGCUCGGAACACCAUCUCCCGAUGCGAUGUCUAUCCGCUCAAGUGUUAGGCCAGUGCUCGGCCCAUUGAAUGUCGAUCGAUUCUAUGAUAGUCUAGCUAAUGUUGGUCUUGAAUUUACGGGAAUUUUCCGAGGCAUUGAGAAGGGUCAACGCAGGAUGCACAUUUCCACACUUGAAGGUAGAAGAUGCCUAUCUGAUACUGGAUUAUUGGUACAUCCGGCGUUUUUGGAUAUGACUUUGCAUGCGACAUUGGCAGCAUUUGCAAGUCCUGGUGAUGAGCGCUUUUGGACACCACAUUUGCCAAGACGAAUUGCUAAGAUGAGCUUCAACAUUGCCCUUUGCGAAGCAGCGUUUCAGAAAGAGACAUCCUUAGCCGGAAUGGACGGAUAUAUCACCGAAGUCACACCAACCACUGCAAAUGACGCGGCUACUUAUGUUGGUGAUGUUGAUGUGUUUGAUCCAGCGUCCAACGAAAUUGAGAUUCAAAUCGAAGGAUUGCAGAUGCAAUCAUUCACAGCCGCAAGGGCCUCUCAAGAUCGUCAAUUAUAUCUGGAAACGAAAUGGGUAGCCGAUGUCUCAGGAGGCAUCAUUGACGAAGCUGAUAUCGAAGAGGAUGACCCAAAAGCACUUUACUUGAUAGAUCUAGGCGAAAGGCUCUCUUAUGCCUAUAUGCGUCAUCUAAAAUCCGAGAUCAAGCCCGAAGAAGUUCCAGACCACCACCGUCCUUUGUUCAACUGGAUCAACCACGUCACAGAUCUUGUUUCGAAAGGAACACACCCUUCCAUAAAGCCAGAGUGGGACAACGAUGACCUUCAAGAACUGAUUAGCUUGGCUGCCAAGUAUCCAGGAUGUGUUGAUCUCGAAUUGAUGCAAGCUGUCGGUAAUAAUCUCCCUGAUGUUGUACGCGGAACAACGACAAUGCUGGAACAUAUGUUGCCAAACGGACUCCUGGAUAGACUAUACACUGAAGGUAUCGGAAUGGCCACUUCAAACAAAUUCGUCACAGCAGCGAUGAAAAAGAUCGGGCAUCGCUACCCUAGAAUGCGUGUCUUGGAAAUUGGAGCAGGAACUGGAGGUGCCACCAAAGGUAUAUUUACAGGAAUUGGAGAUGCAUUUGCUCAUUAUACAUUCACGGAUAUUUCAACUGGCUUUUUCAUGAAGGCUAGAGAAGUUUUCAGCGAGCAUGCAAGCCGCAUGACGUUUAGUCUACUCAACUGCGAGAAAGAUCCUUUGGAGCAGGGGUACGAAGCCCAUUGUUUCGAUGUUAUCGUUGCAUCAAAUGUUCUUCAUGCGACCGAAUUCCUUGAGAAGACCAUGAAGAAUGUGCGAAAACUGCUGAAACCUGGUGGUUACCUUUGUCUUUUAGAAUGUACUGGUCAUCUCGAACGUACCGGAUUCCUCAUGGCUGGUUUAUCUGGUUGGUGGCUCGGAGGUGCGGAUGGACGACCAUACCGUCCUACUAUUUCUCCACCAGAAUGGGAUACAGUCUUGAAAAAGACUGGAUUUUCUGGUGUUGACGCAAUUGUUAAUGAUUUCAAGGAUAAAUCGCGUUACACGGUCUCGGUCAUUCUUACUCAAGCCCUCGACGAUGAUGUCCAAAAGCUCCGAGAACCGCUCAAAUAUAUUCCAGAAUCUACAGCGAAAGAUCUCAUUGUUAUCGGAGGAGCCACAGCCGCCACCAAGAAACUUGUUGCGACUUUAGAAAAAGAAGUGCCUUCCUGGAAAACCCGCAAGACUACGGUUCUUGCCACCUGGGAAGAAGCAUCAAAGCUCACCAUUCCAUUUGGAGCCACAGUUUUGAGUAUUGCAGAUCUUGACGAACCAGUCUUCAAAUCGAUGAAUGCAGAGCGUCUAAAGGGUAUCCAAACCGUGAUCAAUUCGGCCGAAUCAGUUCUUUGGGUGACCGCAGGAUGUAAAGCUGAGGAGCCAUACGCUAACAUGGCGGUUGGAUUAGGACGAUCUAUCAUUUCUGAAAUGCCUCAUUUGAAUUUGCAAUUCUUGGAUGUUGACUCGAAGGAAAAUGCGGACAAAAUAAUCGGAGAAACACUUGUUAGACUUGAGGUUGCGACCAGCCUGUUAGACUCACGGAAAGAAAACCUGUUGUGGUCGAUUGAGCCAGAGAUGAUAUAUGAAAGUGGGGCCUUGUACCUCCCAAGAGUGAAGCCGAUUAAGAAACUCAAUGACGUGUUGAACUCUACACGCCGCGUGAUCACUGAAGAAGUUCCUCUAGCGUCAAAGAGAGUAGCAAUCACAGCUCCUUCUAGUGGCAAUCGCUUCAGCCUUGACGUCCAAGAGGCAAUCGAGGAUCAUCUGAAAAGCGAAAAUGAGUUGUUGGAAGUAUCUGUGUUCUUCUCGUCUCUGUAUGCAGCAAAUAUCGAUGGUAGCUUCUUCUACAUUAGCCUAGGAAAGACGAAGUCCGGAUCGCCCGUCCUCGCCCUCUCCACAUCGAACCAGUCACUCAUCAAUGUUUUCAAAGACGCUGUCAUCCCAGCAGACCGAGUUACUGCCGAGUACCUCGAAAAUGCCAUGGCCUACCUUAUAGCAAAACGAAUUUUGAACAAGUUUGACUCAGAAGUUGUGCUUCAUGAUCCAAGCUCUGCCUUGAGGGAAGCGGCGGAAUCAAUAGCAAGAGCAAAUGGCAAGUCCAUCUCAAGUAGUACAAGCACUGGAGUUUCUACCGCAUCGACUCAGAAGUGCGUAAAACUUCAUCCGACCUUAUCUAAACGUGCGAUCCGAGACUCGUUACCGGCCUCGAUUCAGUCAUUUGUCGAUAUCAGUGGCACUGGUAAAUACAUCAGAGAAGCACUGCCAAAAUCCAUCAGCAUAGUUGAAAAUGACGAUCUCUUAAGUCUCGAGCCAAUAAACUCUCCAUCUUUUGGCACGCCAUCAACAAUCUUGGCUGAUGUUAAAUCCUAUGCAGAUUCCAUCACCGCGAAGGAAAUCGAAGGAGAUAUUUUGCUGGAUGCCGCGAGCCUGAGGAAUAGUGCGGUUUCUUCGUUCUCUCCACUUUCACUAGUAGACUGGUCCACAAAUAAAACUCUAACGGUCGAUGUAAAGCCCUUUGCCCAGAAAAAGAUAUUUGAUGGCAACAAGAGCUACUUAUUAGCAGGUUUGACUGGAGAUUUGGGACAAUCGAUCUGUAGAUGGAUGGUUCUAGCUGGGGCUAGAUAUAUCAUUGUUGGUAGUCGAUCCGUUAAAUCAGGUUGUCCUUGGCAGCAAGAGUUGGAGAGAAUGGGUGCCACGGUUCUCGUAUAUACUAUUGAUUUUACCGACAAAGCAGCAGUCACCAAAUUGCGUGAAGAGUCCAGCAAGACGAUGCCUCCAAUUGCAGGAGUCAUGAACGGAUGUAUGGUCUUAGAUGACAAACCAUUCUCAGACAUGCCUUUCGAAACGCUUGAGCGCGUCAUUCGUCCCAAAGUCCUUAGCACUAUCAACAUUGAUGCUGUAUUUGGGUUGGAGCUCGACUUCUUCGUCUUGUUCUCCAGUCUGGCUGCCGUGAACGGAAUUCCUGGACAAUCGAAUUAUGCCGCCGCAAAUAUGUAUAUGGCUUCACUUGCAGAGCAACGUCGUAAGCGUGGGGGUGUUGCUUCAGUCAUUCAUAUUGGCAUGAUUCUCGGAGUCGGAUAUGUAGAACGCUCAGGUCGCUAUACUGAGUCUGCCCUGCGCACUUACAAUUACCUCCCAAUUCCCGAACAUGAGUUCCUCCAGGUAUUGUCCGAAGCUGUGCAAUCCGGACAUCUUGCCAGCGAGCGUUGCCCUGAAAUUAUCAUUGGUAUGGUCGCGCCUUCAACAGGAGAAGAGCGGGAUAAGCCUCGAUGGCACGCCAACCCACGGUUCGCAUUCGUUAUGAACGAUGCCGUCAAGGAGGAAAGUGACUCUCAAGGUGAAGUUGAGGUGCCGACUAAGGAACAACUUUCGAAAGCGCAAACGAAGGAUGAGGUGCUUAGCAUCAUGCAGAAAUGCUUUUCAAAACAAUUGGAACUCAUUCUGCAGGCAGAUCCAGGGUCGAUUGAUGAGCAUGCACCUUUGACUCAAUUGGGUAUUGAUUCCUUGAUUGCGGUCGAGAUUCGAAGUUGGUUCUUGAAGGAGGUGGGCGUGUCUUUGCCUGUUUUGAAGAUAUUAGGUGGCGCUGCGGCAAAGGAUUUGUGCGAGUUGGCUACUGAGGAGUUCAAGAUUAGUGAAUAG